AUGUCAUUUUGCCACGUCAACCUCCAGGUGGCAGUAACAACAAACAUGGCUUCCAUUAGGGAGAAACAAGUUCUUGCUCUGAAACGAAUGCUUAAUUUUAACACCCCUCCAACAAAAUCAAGCUCAGCAGAGCCACAAUGGAAAGUGCUCGUCUAUGAUAGGUUUGGUCAAGACAUAAUUUCGCCAUUACUGACCGUCAAAGAACUCCGCGAGUUGGGAGUAACUCUUCACUUGAAUCUUCAUUCUGACCGGGAUUCUAUUCCAGAUGUUCCGGCUAUUUAUUUUGUUUUACCAACUGAUGACAACAUAAGAAGAAUAUGUCAAGACAUUCAGAACCAACUGUAUGACUCAUAUUACAUGAAUUUCAUAUCUGCUAUUUCUAGACAGAAACUUGAAGACAUUGCCCAAACAGCUAUUCAAUGCGAUUGUGUUCAACAGGUUUCUAAAGUUUUUGAUCAAUAUUUGAACUUUAUUUCAUUAGAAGAAGACAUGUUCACCCUAAGAAAUCUUGACAAAGAACUUUCAUAUUAUGAAAUAAACAAAGGUGAUGUCAAAGACACUGAAAUGGAACAAAUCAUGGAUACUAUUGUUGAUAGUUUGUUUUCCGUUUUUGUAACACUGGGUACAGUGCCCAUCAUUUGCUGUCCAAGAGGUAAUGCUGCAGAAAUGGUUGCAGAGAAAUUGGACAAAAAGUUGAGAGAGAAUCUAAGAGAUGCGAGGAACAGCUUUUUUACUACAGACAAUAUACAGGCUGGACAAUUUAGUUUUCAAAGGCCAUUAUUAGUUUUGCUGGAUCGAAAUCUUGAUUUAGCCACCAUGCUUCACCAUACAUGGACAUACCAAGCAUUAGCACAUGAUGUAUUCAACCUUCUCCUGAACAGAGUAGAAAUAGAAGAAUCUAUAGAAGUCAAAGGUCCAGCUGGGAAUAUGAUGACAAAAAAGAAAAAGAAAAGUUAUGAUCUGAAUCCGUCUGAUAGAUUUUGGGAAAAAGAAAAGGGCAGUCCAUUCCCGCAAGUUGCAGAAGCUGUCCAAGAACAGUUAGAAACCUACAAGACACAUGAAGAUGAAAUAAAGAAAAUGAAAUCUGCAAUGGGUCUUGAGGGUGAUGAUGAAGUUGCAUUCAGUAUGAUGAAUGAUACAACAGCUAAACUUACUUCAACAGUUAGCUCAUUGCCAGAGUUACUGGAGAUGAAGCGUUUGAUUGACAUGCACACUAACAUUGCUACUGCUAUGUUGGAACACAUAAAGCACCGUAAACUGGAUGUCUAUUUUGAAAUGGAAGAAAAAAUGAUGAGCAAGGCACUUUUAGACAAAUCGUUGAUGGAUAUUAUAUCAGACCCUGAUUUAGGAACACCGGAAGACAAAGUCAGAAUUUUUAUUAUUGCACUCAUCUGUGGUCCACCCAUGAGUGAUGCUGAAAUUGAUCAAUAUUGCGUAGCCUUGACAGGUGCUAACUGUGAGGUAGCACCAAUCUCGUUCAUUCGUAGGUGGAGAGCUUAUAAUAAAAUGAAUGCAGCGCCAAGUCAAUAUGGAGGAGGUGGUACAACAACUGUAGGAAUGUUUAACAAAUUAAUGAAUAAAAGUUCACAGUUUCUUAUGGAAGGAGUUAAAAACUUGGUUAUUAAAAGGCACAAUUUGCCAGCCACAAGAAUUGUGGAUGGACUCAUGGAGUCAAAGACAUUGCAAGAAAUUGAAGACUAUCGAUAUUUUGACCCCAAACUUUUACGCUCAGAUUCGUCAUCAGUUCCUAGAAACAAAUCCCCAUUCCAAGAAGCUUAUGUGUUUAUGAUCGGAGGUGGGAAUUACAUCGAAUACCAAAAUUUAAUAGACUAUGCCAAAUCAAAAUCAUCUUCAAGUGCUGGACAAAAGAGAAUUGUUUAUGGGUGUAGUCAGCUUGUAAAUGCAGCAAGAUUUUUAGAACAGUUGGGUCAUCUUGGCCAAGAAAUGUAAAUUUAUGGGGGGUUAAAUAAAUGUAUUGUGAAAUUAAAUUUUAAUUUAUUCAG